CAUUGAUUAAAGAAUCAAGAUUUAGCUUGGUUUUUUUGGUGGUUCAGCCCCCUGCAAUGUAUUGCGCCCACAAAUUUGCAAAUGGAAUGAUUGGGGGAAAUCCCCAAUUAUGCCUAUUCUAACAUGUUCUAUUGAGGACUCCCAAGGAAUGGCUCUCCUCCCUGGAGACCUGAUUAUAAAGAUGGACAUUAUGUUUUUGUCAUUAGAAAAAAUCUAACUCCACGCUGUAGGUAAGAGCUGUGAUCACACAAUUCAUUGUCUCUUCUACAGAACCCUGCAGUUUUCGAUUGAAGAAAGACUUUUCAGGUCAAAAUAAUAUGCCUGCUGCCUAACCCUUUGUUAUAUUCUUUGAUUUUGUUUCUCAUCUGCAUGCCAUAUGGACUAGUCUGAAUGGUGACGCUGUUAAAUUUCUCAUGCUCUACCUGUAAUACUCAUUAUUUGGUCACUUUCUGUUCCUUUCGUGCUUGCAGUCAAGAUUCUAGGUGAAAUGGGUGAAGGAACAUUUGGGCAAGUCCUGGAAUGCUUUGAUAAUGAGAAGCAAGAAGUUGUGGCCAUCAAAAUUGUUCGCUCCAUACAUAAGUAUUGUGAAGCAGCCAUGAUUGAAAUUGACUUCCUACAAAGGCUUGCCAGGCACGACAUUGGUGGCAUUCGUUGUGUGCAAAUAUGGAAUUGAUUUGACUAUCGUAAUCAUAUUUGUACUGUAUUUGAGAAGCUUGGACCAAGCCCAUACGAUUUUCUCCACAAAAACAACUAUUGUUGAUUUCUCAUUGAUCUUGUUCGGGAGCUUGGCAGACAAAUUUGGGAAUCUGUAGCAUUUAUGUAUGAUUUACACUUGAUUCACACUGAUUUGAAGCCAGAAAAUACUCUUCUUCUGUCAUCUGAAUAUGUCAAGGUCCCUGAUUACAGGGUAUUCCUAUGCUCUCCACCUCCCUUGAAUAUUCUCUUUGUUCUUUAGCAUGAGCUGUAUGGGGAAAUGGAUGAUUCUUGAAUGAAUCUAUUUCCCCCGGAACUAGUUUUACUUGUUUUGUCCUCUGAGACAUCUCUGAUUACAGCAGGGCCAUAAUCAUAUCAAAUUAUAUUUCACAAACGAGCUAGUUGAGUUGAGCUUAGUUGAGAUGGUAUUCGCCAAUUAGGCCUUAGCUCAAGUGGUUAAAGAACCUAGAGGCUUAGGUGUUGAAUUCGAUUCCCAUGUGUACGAGUUUUCUUUAAGUUUGAUCUGAUUUAUUUGUAUGGUUACUUUUUUUUUUUUUUUUGGAUAAGGACAAUGAUUAAUAAGUUAAUAUUGUCAAAUGUUAGCAAUUAAGGAAUUCGAUUCCCAAAUCUAAUGAAUAGUCCACUAAUUUUAAUGAGGCGGGCGGUCAUUGGACCGCUUGGUUAAGUUCAUUUGUAUGAGAAGGUUUUGGUUGUCUUCUUGAUGGGAUUGUUGUCAAACAAUUCAGGGCGACAGUGUUGAUGGCAGAAACUUUGGCAUUGUGAGCUGCUAUUGGAUGGCCAGCUUCCUGUGGAGUCUCUAGAGCCAUCCUUGAAUCUGAUUGUAAGAUCCUUAUACAAGUAGUUAAACAUGAAAUACCCUUACCAUGGCAGAUUGCUCCUUUGGUUAAUCCUAUCUGGUAAUUGUAAUUGACUGCAGCUUUUUCUUUC